UCUUCUUCCACAGGAUGGUUCAGAAGAACAUUACAAUGUCUCACAGGAUGAUCAGAUUGUGAAUCCGGGUGAAGAUCUGAACAUUAUAUAUGUUACAGAGACAUAUGUGAGGGCUGAUGAGCAGAGUAUAGAGGACCUUCCUACAGGUAACCGCCCAGAUGACUGUACCACAAGCUCAGAGGAACACCUGAUAUCUUCAGACUGUACAGCAAAUGAUUGUGGUAUCACAGCGGAUACAUUUAAAGAGCAUGCCGUUGUCCCAGAUAUACUCUCAACCCAUCAUAGCAUUAAUCAAUCAUCUGAUCUUUUUCAAUGGGUCCGAUCUUUUGAUUCAUCACAGACUGUUAAGCAAAACAAAGAACAACAAUGGACUGAACAUCCAAGAACUCACACAGUAGAGAAGCCAUAUUCAUGUUCACAAUGUGGAGAGUGUUUUAUGCAGGAAUCAGAUCUCAAUAAACGUCAGAGAAUUCACAAGAAUGAAACUCCAUUUUUGUGUACACAUUGUGGGAAAUGUUUUAUCCAGAAAUCAGAUCUCAUUAACUAUCUGAGACUUCAAACGGAUAAAAAGCCGUUUCCAUGUUUAGAAUGUGGGAAAUGUUUUACCCUGAAGUCAGAUCUUGUUAGACAUCAGAGAAUUCACACAGGAGAGAGGCCAUAUCCAUGUUCAGAAUGUGAGAAACGUUUUACUCAUAAAUCAGCUCUUGUUAUACAUCAGAGAGUUCACACGGGGGAGAAGCCAUAUUCAUGUUCAGAAUGUGGGAAAUGUUUUUCUUUCAGAACGUCUUUAGCUGCCCAUCAAAUAACUCACACAGGGGAGAAGCCAUUUCCAUGUUUAGAAUGUGGAAAAUGUUUUACUAAUAAAUCAAGUCUUGUUACACAUCAGAGAAGUCACACAGGAGAAAAGCCAUAUCCAUGCCCAGAUUGUGGGAAAUGUUUUACUCAUAAAUCAGCUCUUGUUCUACAUCAGAGAAUUCACACAGGGGAGAAGCCGUUUUCAUGUUCAGUAUGUGGGAAAAGUUUUACUCAGAAAGUAUCUCUUCUUACACAUCAUAGAGUUCACACAGCGAAGAAUCCAUUUUCCUGCCCAGAAGGAGUAAUGUUUUAAUACAAAUAAAAUCUUGAGUCCUAUCAGAGCUACACAAGGGAAAGGCCAUUUUCAUGUUCUCAGUGUUUUACCCAGAAAUUGCACCUAUUUUAAACACCUUUGAACUCAGAAAUUGUCAUAACUUUCAGUUACGGUCAAAGUAAAGUCAUGUUAGGCUGUGCUCACUUAUGCUUUGUAAACUUGUGUGAUUUGUGAACUCUAGCAGUCUAAUCUGGCAGAGAAACAUAAUGCUGGAGAUUGAAGAACACUGUAUCGGGCAUAGCCAGUACCGCCGUGCAUCACCAGUUCCCCAUUGUCUAUAAUGGGAUCUGGCGGGGAUACGUCCGCUUUCCAAAAAAUAUGCCGACUUCUGACUGGAAAAAAAUGCUGCCAGAGUUUACAACUCAUAUGUGAAUCCAGCCUUAACAGGAAAGCAAUUAGGAGCACAAAAUAAUGAUUAAGAAAUGUCUGUAAUUACCAACAAAUGUCUGUUAUCCGAAAACUGACAAUCCAUAUAACACACCUAUGGAUCCACCAUGUGCAUAGAA